GUGUAAGACGAUCUGCCGGGCCGGGCCAGCCGCCGCGCGGGCACACGCUCGCAUUCCUGUCAAGUCGGCCUCCGACCAGGCGUGCCUGUGCAACCUUAAUAAAAGCCUCUGAGCGCGGCAGGCCGGCCGGCCGGCCCUUGCGCUGUCAGUGCCCGCGGCCGGCGGCGCAUGGCCCGCGCGCAGUAGCCGCUGGGGCCAUGGGGGCGCCCCCCGGCCUGGCGCUGCUGGCCCUGGCGCUCGCGCUCGCCCCGACGCCCGGCGCCCGCAGGCUCAGCCGCGUGCAACACGGGCCCUGCGUCUACACCUUCGUGCUGCCCGAGCUGGACGCGGGCUGCGCGGGCGACGCGCUCAGCAACAACGCGCUGCAGCGGGACGCGCCCCACGCCGAGCCCGAGCCCCCCGCGCGCCGGCUGCAGCACCUGGAGCACGCGAUGGAGAACUACACGCAGUGGCUGCAGAAGCUUGAGAAUUACAUUGUGGAAAAUAUGAAGUUGGAGAUGGCCCAGAUACAACAGAAUGCAGUUCAGAACCACACAGCCACCAUGCUGGAGAUCGGGACCAGCCUCCUGACGCAGACCGCAGAGCAGACCCGGAAGCUGACAGAUGUGGAGACUCAGGUACUGAAUCAGACUUCUCGACUUGAAAUACAACUGCUGGAGAAUUCAUUGUCAACAUAUAAACUAGAGAAGCAACUUCUUCAACAGACAAAUGAAAUUCUAAAAAUUCACGAAAAAAACAGUUUGUUAGAGCAUAAAAUCUUAGAAAUGGAGGGAAAGCACAAGGAAGAGUUGGAUACUUUAAAGGAGGAGAGAGAGAACCUGCAAAGCUUGGUUACCCGCCAGUCACACAUAAUCCAGGAGCUGGAGAAGCAGCUGAUCAGAGCAACCAGCAACAACAGCAUGCUCCAGAAACAGCAGCUGGAGCUCAUGGACACGGUGCACAACCUUGUCGACCUGUGCACUAAAGACGGUGUUUUGCUAAAGGGAGGAAAAAAAGAGGAAGAGAAACCAUUUAGAGACUGUGCAGAUGUAUAUCAAGCUGGUUUUAAUAAAAGUGGAAUCUACACUAUUUAUAUUAAUAAUAUGCCAGAACCCAAAAAGGUAUUUUGCAAUAUGGAUGUGAAUGGGGGAGGCUGGACUGUAAUUCAACAUCGGGAAGAUGGGAGUCUAGAUUUCCAAAGAGGCUGGAAGGAAUAUAAAAUGGGCUUCGGGAACCCAUCCGGUGAGCACUGGCUGGGGAACGAGUUCAUCUUCGCCAUCACCAGCCAGAGGCAGUGCACGCUGCGCAUCGAGCUGCUGGACUGGGAAGGCAACCGCGCCUACUCGCAGUAUGACAGAUUCCACAUAGGGAACGAGAAGCAGAACUACAGGCUGUAUUUGAAGGGCCACUCGGGGACCGCGGGGAAGCAGAGCAGCCUGAUCCUGCAUGGCGCCGACUUCAGCACAAAGGACGCGGACAACGACAACUGCAUGUGCAAGUGUGCGCUUAUGCUGACUGGAGGCUGGUGGUUUGACGCCUGCGGCCCCUCCAAUCUGAAUGGGAUGUUCUACGCUGCAGGGCAGAACCACGGGAAGCUGAACGGAAUCAAGUGGCACUACUUCAAGGGGCCUAGCUACUCCCUACGCUCCACCACCAUGAUGAUUCGGCCUCUGGACUUCUGAAGGCAUAGUGUGCAGGAAUCAAAGCAGCAGAGCCUGGGGAGCCGCCGGGUGCUAGAGGGAUGAAAGCGUCACACCAGCAACACUGACUCCUGCCGGUCACAAGUGGACGUCCCGAAGGUCCUUGGCUGUGCCUUGGGGCCCCUGAGCUCAGAUGGCUCUUCUGGCCACUCUGUGCCACUCCCUGUCACAGCUUAAGAAGGGGAGGGACUGCGGGCUGUGCUCACACUCCUCCUGGAUUGUACCGCAGAACUGCAAGCGCAGGUGAGGAGCGCGGCUUAUUUCAUGGAAAAUCAGAGAAAGAAAGGGUAGACGCGAAGACUGGAAACAGGAUGUACUGCAUCAGCGAAACAGUGUUAUCGCUGUGCAAACCUACUAACAGAUAAGUUUCUACUAUUGUACACUUUUGAUAAAAAAGGUUCAAAAA